CAAGAUGAAGGCCGUCUCGCUAUUCAUUGCUGCCAGCUUGUCCAACAUCGGCUACUGCCAGCCGGUCAAACAAGAGAACUCGACCAUUUACAAUCCAAUUCUUCCUGGCUUUCACCCUGAUCCAUCAUGUGUUUUUGUCAAGGAGUGGGACAAUACGUUCUUCUGUGCAACAUCGACUUUCCUCGCUUUCCCUGGUAUACCCAUCUACGCGAGCAAAGACCUUCAAAACUUUAGGCUCAUUGGACAUGCCUUCAACAGACCUGAACAACUUCCUGCUUUUGGGAAUAUUACUGGACAGCAGAAUGGUUGGUAUGCGCCGACUCUGAGGUACCACAACAACCGGUUCUGGAUCAUCAAUUCUUGUGUUGGUAUGUUUUCUAUAAAUCUGUUCUGGGAGUCGAGUCAUGCUGACUCUUUAAUCUUGUUUAAGNGUGCUGCGACUGGUUACUGGAGCACUCCUGAUCCUUACAACAAUUCCGCAUGGACGAACGUUACUCCAACUGACAUCCCUGGAUACGAUCCCGACCUCUUCUGGGAUACCGAUGGCACAAUCUACUCAGCCUUUGCAAAGACAGUACUGAGUGAUCCAUUCACGACUGAAAUUCAUCAGACGGAGGUAUCUAUGCCUUCUGGAAAUACAACCACAGAUCAUUUCUUGUGGAAUGGUACUGGUGUACAGCCUCCGGAGGGCCCACAUAUGAUGAUCAAGGACGGCUAUCACUACCUGCUCCUGGCAGAGGGCGGUACUGCGCAAGCUCAUCAGGUAACUAUCGGCAGAGGCAAGUCUGCUCAAGGACCUUUCGAAUCUGAUCCGGCAAACCCGAUCCUCACAGCAUAUAAUACAAGUGAGUAUUUCCAGACUGUUGGUCAUGCAGACCUGUUCCAAGACUCCGUUGGAAACUGGUGGGGUGUUGCACUGUCUACUCGUUCUGGUCCAGCGUAUGAGACUUGGCCAAUGGGCAGAGAGACUGUCUUGUACCCUGCCAAAUGGGAGAAGGGUCAGUGGCCUGUCCUAGGAGGUCCGAUCAGAGGCAAGAUGGAAGCACCUUUACCUCCUGUCAACAAGAACAUUCGUGGCACUGGCGCGUUCGUGAAGGACCCUGAUCACUACACUUUCCCUCCUGGCUCGUCUAUCCCAUAUCACUUCUCUUACUGGCGCUUCCCUCAGACCCAGAACUAUGCUAUUUCUCCCAAAGGCCAUGCGAACACUUUGAGGCUACUUCCAUCCCGCGCCAACUUGACUGGAGAUGCUGCCUUUGUCCCUACCGAUGGCAUUACUUUCAUCGGCCGCCGACAAACCGACACUCUCUUCACCUACAGUGUGGAUGUCAACUACUCACCAUCAGAAGUCGGAGAAGAAUCAGGUGUCACGCUGUUCCUCACACAAAGCUACCACAUCGACCUCGGUAUUGUUCGUCUCAACAAGACUGGCAAUUAUCUCCGCUUCCGCGCCGAGGGUCCCAAUGCACCAAGGGAGACUGUAGUCGCCAUCACCCAGAAAUGGUGUGACCAAGGCAUGCAAUUGCAGAUUCAAGCCUACAAUGUCACACACUUAUCCUUCUCUGCUGGACCGAAGGGUGGGCAAAUCAAGCAGAUUGCCAUUGUUCCUGCUACUAUUGUGUCGAACGGAUUUACUGGUGAGUACAAUGUGUUUUCCAAUGCCAUGAACAAGNGUUCUUUCGUUGGUGUUUAUGCGACCAAUAAUGGCAAGGCUAAGGGAAAGACUCCUUCGUAUAUCAGUAAUUGGGUCUACCAAGGUCAGGGACAGUACAUCGGUAGUGGAGAGUUCUACCCGAGCAAUGGUCAGAAAUCAGGCGCAGGAUAC